GUUGACAUCUUCACCGCCGCGGGAAACUGAAAUUAAAAUUCGAUUUUCAGAAGUGCUUACUGCCUCCGUCACCAGAAUCUGCAUUAUAUAGGCAAUAAGCACCUCUGAAACGUCGGUCAAUUUCUACAAGACCACAAGACGUAAUAACCCGCACAAAUAAUAAUAACCAGCUACUAAGAACUAGGAUAUGACGUCAGACAUGACGUUAGCACAUUUGUUAUGCUAGCCUCUCGUAAUCUGUGUCAGUGGUAGAUUAUGUCUUAUUAUUUGGCUUGUGACCACAAAGGUGAAUAAUUCCGCAAAGUAGGAAUCUGUGUGUGAUCACAAUAAAGAUGGAAAAAAGCAAAGAUUACAAACACCUUCAAUUUCCCAAGAAUGACACAUCACCAUUCUUACAACAGACUGUAGAGUUACAGUUUGCUGUUCCAUGGGGUCAUAUUGCAGGAAAGACUUGGGGUGAUCCAUGUGGACAGCUGGUACUGUGUGUGCAUGGUAUCCAGGACAAUGCUGGCUCGUUUGACCGUCUUGUUCCUCUUCUUCCAUCUGCAUUCUGCUAUGUGUGUAUUGAUUUACCUGGUCAUGGUUGUUCAUCACACUUUCCAGAAGGGCUUCCUCUGGACUUUAUGGAUUAUGUGUUGGCCCUUAUCCGUGUUUUGAAUCACCUUCGGCAGGACAGUUGUUACUAUAUAGGACACAGUCUUGGAGGCCAGCUUGGUCUGUACCUGUGUGGUCUAUGGCCACAGCGAAUCAAGAAACUGGUUUUGUUGGAUACCAUUGGUCCCAUGCACACAGAAACUGAGAUCUUUCUCCCACUAAAUAAGUUUUUGUUGGACAACGUUCUGAGUACUGAAGAACGAUUCUCAAGUAAAGAGAGUCCUAAUUAUACUUACAAAGAGGCUUUAGACAGGUUGAUGACCAAUAGGGCAAGCAAAUUAACAGAAGAGGCAGCCAGAGCAUUGAUAAAACGUUCCUUGACAAGGAACAGUGCUGGAGGAUCAAGAUUCACGACAGACCAACGCCUGAAGAUGGGUCUGUGGGUACAGCUGAAUGAAAAGCAACAGCUGCAGGUAUUUAAUGAUAUAAAAUGUCCCAUUCUGGCACUUUUAUCAGCUGUUCCAAGAUCAACAGCCUUCAAAGCUAUGAAGAAAACUUUUAAUUUUUUCCUUAAUAAACAGAAUUGUCAGUGCAUUGGUAUGGAGGGGAAUCAUGAUGUGCACAUGAAUAAUCCAGAAAGAGUUUCUCCAUACAUUGUCACAUUUUUAACUACACAGAAGUGUGCUAUGUAAUUAACAUAUGCCGUCCAUCACAUCACACAUCAGGAGUGAUGAUUAAUGAAUAUGUGAAUGGGUGGGAUCAGUGGCAUGGGGAAAAUUGCCAUUCACAACAAAUUCUACAUCUGAUUUCAUUCAGGCCUCCACAGUGAGAAACUGGUAUAUUUAGCUGCCUCAGACAUGGCCCAGAACAUUGGGAACAUUCAUGAAGUUUGUUUUCUACGCAGACUUCCUUCCACCUUCUUACUGGUUAAAUGCGGUUAUAUGUUUUGAAAACUUCAUAAAUAUGAUAUUUGAGGCUUCGUGGCAGUGAAAAGAAGACUACAAUUCUUUAUUUUAUGUGAUUUAGAAGUAAAGAAUGCCUUGAUUAUUCUUUAAACGUGUCUUUACUGUAUUACAACUGGCAGUGGAGUAAAUGUAAGACUUAAUAUUAUAUUGUACUAUAUUAACAUUAAAUUUAACAUUGUAGAUAGGUUCAAUUAUAAUAAAUUCCUGGAAACAUUGUACAAUCAAGCUUUUGUAUCUCAAUAAAUAUGGAAAUGCUUAUGUUCAUAAACAUAA